CCCGUCUAUACAAUUUACAACAUGUCGGAUGCUAUGCCAAACUUUAGCGAAGCUGACCAACGCGAGUUGGCCCAGUUUUUGGAAGGCGAGAAUGCCAAAGCUCGCGUUCAACAGACGGUUCAUUCCUUGACCGACAGCUGCUGGGACAAGUGCAUUAGCAAAGUCAACAACAAGUUGGAUCGCAGCGAAGAGGCCUGCUUGGCCAACUGUGUCGAACGUUUCCUCGACACCAGCGUGUUCAUUGUCAAGCGUCUUGAGAGCUUGAGAGGAUCCGGUGGCAUGUAAAAUAACAAGAAAUAGAGCACAUUUCCCUCAACCUCUCUCGUCCUUUCUGUACAUAAUGGUCCCCCCAUGGAAUUAAACGAGAAAAAAAAAU